GUGUGUGUGUCACAGCAUGUCUACUGUUUAAGAGGGCCGUCUUUCUGCUCAGUCUGACAGCAGUCUCAGCUGGGACCGGGCUCAGACGUUUUCAUUCUUUGCCUGGUGAGCAGAAACUCAAUCAGCUUUAACCAUGGCCCGUUUGGAUCAGGUCAUCACAAACAUUGUGGACAUCUUCAUGGAGUAUGCCGACACUGAAGGCAAGAAAUGUCAGUUAAACAAGGAGGAGCUCAAGAAUCUGAUUGAAACUGAGAUACAGAGUGCCGAGUUAAAGGACAAGAUCAGUGCGAAUGACAUCGAGGAGAUCAUGGAAAUGCUGGACAAGAACCACGACGGCGAGGUGAACUUCCGCGAGUUUUGUCGAUGUGUGUGCGACCUCGCCAAAUGCUACUACCACAAGAAGACGGGCAGGGGCGGGAAGAAGGGCAAGGGCAGAGGGCAGGAGGGGGAACAGGAUGACUGCAAGAGCUAA